ACAGAGACAGCUGAAACACGAAAGCAUCACUCACCCUAUGUCUUUAACUUCCUCGAGAGGGUCCCAGGAAUGGCAGCGCUCAGGGGAGGAAGAUGCAAAAUGGUCAGAGGCAGGGUGGGAAUGAGCCCUGGCUGGUCACUGCAUUUGAUGGUUCUGUGGACUCUCUAUGGAGUCGCUGGAGCACAGCCGUCCAUCACAGCUCACUAUGGCGAGGACGUCACUCUGGGUUGCGCCUUCAACCACAUACCAGGGGUAAAACUCCAUCGACUGAACAUCACCUGGAAGAUGCAAAGAGCCGAGGGCGCAGCCCUCCUGGUUCACAGCUACUAUGGGCAGAGGGACCUGUGGCAGGGACGGGACAAGGUUUACUGGGGCCGGACGCAGCUGUACCGAGAAGGAAUCCACAAAGGAAAUGCAUCACUGCGACUCAGGGCUGUGCGCUUCCAGGACGAGGGCUUCUACCUCUGCUACGUCACCUCUGAGCUGGGAAACUCGACCCAGAAGAUUUCCCUGGCCGUGCUAAGGGAGAGUGAAAUGGAGUCUCCCAUCGUAGCUCGGCUGGGGCAGGACGUCACCCUGAGCUGCCUGUUUGAAUGCAGAUUAAACGUCCAGAUGUUGAACGUCACCUGGACGAAGGAAGAAGCCGAGGGGCCGGAUCUCCUGGUUCACAGCUAUUAUAAUGGGAUAGACAUGUUGCAGAGACAAGAUGUCUCUUACAAGGGCAGAACACAGCUCCACCCGGAGAGGUUCUCUCAGGGAAAUGUGUCCCUGACGCUAAGGAGAGUUCGUAGCCAGGAUGAGGGAUUGUACAUCUGCCACGUCCAGCCGGAACUGGGACAGUUUUCUGUGCGGAUGCAAGUUACAGUCAAAGGUAUGGGACAGCAUAUUGUACAAGCCCCGAGGGGUUUUUCUACACUUGAGAAAAGCACUUGAGGUAUCUACCUGGAUGUGACCUUAGC